AAGGAAAAAAAACUGCCUCCUGUUCCAAACAAUGUAAUGCAUCCCAUUUGAGUAAUUUCAUUCCGGAUAUUGUCCGGACCGAAUAUCUCAGUUCCAACUAAAAAUGGGUUACCUCAGUUUGGGCGAGAGUAAAUGCAGUAGCGAGAGUGAUACACUUGUAGGAAAUUGGCGAAAACUAGGCAUCCUUCCUUUUCCCCUUUCCAAGGUAAUUAGAUAUAAACAUGAUGGAUAAUCUAUAGUUUGGAUGUAUGUUACUGGAUGCAUGAUAUACAAAUGGAUGCUAGCUCCAACAUCAACUAUGGAUCAUCUAUUCAACAUAUACAUAGAGAGCAGUCAUUAAUCGAAUUUAUAACAGAUAUACAAUGGGUGCUUACAAAUAUUUGGAAGAGCUUGCUAGAAAGAAGCAAUCUGACGUCUCUCGUUUCUUGCUCCGUGUCCGUUGUUGGGAAUACAGACAAUUGAACGUUAUCCACCGCGCUUCUCGUUCUUCUCGUCCUGACAAGGCUCGUCGUUUGGGUUACAAGGCCAAGCAAGGUUUCGUUAUCUACCGUAUCCGUGUCCGUCGUGGUGGUCGUAAGAGACCUGUUCCCAAGGGUGCCACUUACGGUAAGCCCGUCAACGAAGGUGUUUCUCAACUCAAGUACCAACGUUCCCUCCGUUCUACUGCCGAAGAACGUGUUGGCCGCAAGUGUGCUAACUUGCGUGUCUUGAACUCUUACUGGAUCAACCAAGAUGCUACCUACAAGUACUACGAAGUUAUCCUCGUUGACCCCUCUCACAAGGCUAUCCGUCGUGAUGCUCGCAUCAACUGGAUCGCCAACCCUGUUCACAAGCGUCGUGAAGCUCGUGGUUUGACUGCUGUUGGCAAGAAGUCCCGUGGUCACAACAAGGGUCACCGCUUCAACAACACCAAGGGUUCUGGUCGUCGUGCCACCUGGAAGCGUCGCAACACUCUUUCUCUCCGUCGUUACCGUUAAA